CUAUUUAAUAGAGAAAAUGCACAGCUGGGAGAGAAAUGAGGUCUGAGAUGCAGAAGAAAAGUAAUAAAUUCUUCCUUUGAGGUGAUUGACCUGAAGAUGGAAUUGGAGGCUGUGGCUGUGAAUUAAACUACGGGAAGCUAGCCUGUCUCCAAAAUGUUGCUGUGGCGGCCGUGGAUGGAAACCAGCCAGGAAGAUGGCAGCGGGGAGGCCAACCUGAUGGUAGUUGCUGUGCAGAAUAAUGAGAAUGAGGGGGAACCAUAUGGCACCGUGCAAGAAAGAACAGAGGAUGAAGGGGCAGAUGACAACUUGUGCAAUCAAGAGGGAUCAAGGAGGCAAGAGGGAAAUGAGACAGAGCAGAGGAGGGAUAAAUCUGUAGCAUGUAUGGGUGGAAUCUUCCUUGAAGAAGAAAAACAACCAGAGAAAAGAGCUGAGAAGUGUCCUGGUGCUCAUUUGAGAAUUCACACAAAGAUUAAGCCAAAUCAAAGCUCAGAAACUGGGGAAAGCAGCAGUCAGAGCACAAUUACUGCUGAAUUUCCAACAACGGAGAAAAAACAGUAUAAAUGUUCAGAGGGCAGAAGAAGCCUCAAUGUGAGAAGAAGCCUGGCACGACACCAAAGAAUUCACAGAGGUGAGAAACCUUGUAAAUGUAAAGAAUGUGCAAAGAGCUUCCACCAGAAAUCAAACCUGACAACACAUCAAAGAAUUCACAGAGGUGAGAAACCUUAUAUAUGUAAGCAAUGUGAAAUGAGCUUCUGCCAAAAAUCAGCCCUGAUAAGGCACCAAAGUAUUCACAGAGGCGAGAAACCUUAUACAUGUGAAGAAUGUGGAAAGAGCUUCCACCAGAAAUCAUACCUUACAACACAUCAAAGAAUUCACAGAGGCGAGAAACCUUAUACAUGUGAAGAAUGUGGAAAGAGCUUCCACUGGAAAUCACACCUGACAACACAUCAAAGAAUUCACAGAGGCGAGAAACCUUAUAAUUGUGAAGAAUGUGGAAAGAGCUUCCACCAGAAAUCAAAUCUGACGACACAUCAAAGAAUUCACAGAGGUGAGAAACCUUAUAAAUGUGAAGAAUGUGGAAAGAGCUUCCACCAGAAAUCAAACCUGAUAACACAUCAAAGGAUUCACAGCGGCGAGAAACCUUAUAAAUGUGAAGAAUGUGGAAAGAGCUUCUAUCACAAAUCAAACCGGACAACACAUCAAAGAAUUCACAGAGGUGAGAAACCUUAUAAAUGUAAACAAUGUGGAAAGAGCUUCCGCCACAAAUCAAAUCUGACAAGACAUCAAAGGAUUCACAGAGGCAAGAAACCUUAUAAAUGUGAAGAAUGUGGAAAGAGCUUCCACCAGAAAUCAUACCUUACAACACAUCAAAGAAUUCACAGAGGCAAGAAACCUUAUACAUGUGAAGAAUGUGGAAAGAGCUUCCACUGGAAAUCACACCUGACAACACACCAAAGAAUUCACAGAGGCGAGAAACCUUAUAAAUGUGAAGAAUGUGGAAAGAGCUUCCGCCGGAAAUUUCACCUGAGAACACAUCAAAGAAUUCACAGAGGUGAGAAGCCUUAUACAUGUGAAGAAUGUGGAAAGAGCUUCCUCCAGAAAUCAAACCUGACAACACACCAAAGAAUUCACAGAGGCGAGAAACCUUAUAAAUGUGAAGAAUGUGGAAAGAGCUUCCACCGGAAAUCUCACCUGACAACACACCAAAGAAUUUACAGAGGCAAGAAACUGUAUACAUGUAAGCAAUGUGGAAAGAGCUUAUGCCACAAAUCAGGCUUCAAAGAUCAUCAAAGAGCUCACACAGGGAAGAAACCUAGUGAGAGUUUUGAUAAUGAAUCAAGCCUUCAGGAGCAUGAGAAUGCACACAAGAAGGACACCACAUAGUUGCUUGGCAUGUGGUAAGAACGUCACACCUUAGUUUUGCAUCAAGGCAUCUAUUCAGAAGCCACAAUCCCUUCUGAAGCUCCCAAUACCGUGUCUGGGAUGAGCUGGACUGGCGCUUCAGCUUGUUUUUAGCUUUGGAAGGUAAUUAUAUGAAGCAAGGCUGUUUUAGUGAGUGGUUGAUAUCAAACUUCUAGCCUUGGGUUUUGUUGUUUAUUGGCAGUUUUAGUCAUAUGUUUUAAUAGGAUGAUUUUUAAUUGUUCCAGUAGCUUAGUUGCAAUUUUCAUAAAAUGAUCAAUACCUUUGGGAGCAACCAGAUAAAUGGAACUUUUUCCUCUGUCAGCAGAAAGACAAUCAUCGUCUUUUUUUCUUUUUCCAACAACGGGGCCUUCCCAUUGCAAGAACAACCAUCUAAAUGCUUAGGUACCAGCGAAGACUCUUCUGAUAAUUGGACUGAGUUGCACAUUUUGGAGAUCAUUCCGGCGGUUAGAACAGGUGUAGCCAAUCUGGUGCUCUCCAAAGGACAUUGGACUACAUCUCCCAUCUUCCCUAACCAUUGGGUCAUGCUGGCUGGGGCUGAUGGGAGUUGUAGUUCAGCCACAUCUGGAGAUGGCUUUUCCUGGAUAAAGAUCUUGCAUCUCCAUAGAAGAGGAGACUAAGGAAGAAGGGAAAUGUUGGAAAGAUUUAUUGGCUGCUCCUUAAUUCACGUGUAAUAGGAACUGGUACAGUAGCUGUUCAGCUUUUUAGAUUGCUUGUGACUUACUAAUAAAACUGAGUGUAAUCUU